ACCAGCCUGCGGGCGCCUUGAUGAUUCAAAAUGGCGCCCAGACGGCCAAGCGAAGAAGAGUUGGGAAGAAAAUGGGAUCGGUGCCUUGUAGAUACAACGUUUAAAACUGUCGGUGGAGCCGUGUUUGGCGGUGUACUUUCGUUAUUGUUCUUCAAAAGGGCUGCAUGGCCUGUCACAUUAGGUAUUGGUGUAGGCCUUGGAGCUGGAUAUUCAAACUGUAGACACCAGUUGUACUGGCAGGGUCCCCCUGGACCUCCAUUUGGAAGGCCUCAUUGGGGAAGGCCUUUUUGGGGCAGGCCUGGUGAUGGUGGUGAGAGACGACCCCCUUUCAAGCCUGCAAGAGCGGAUGACACAAUUCCUAAGAAACCAGUUGAAAGUCAAGAAAUAAAGCAGGGGGAGAAACCAAGUGAAAGUUAAAAGCAACAAAAACAUUCAUCUGACUGUUUAGAGAAUUGCCAGUAUAGGAAGUGAAUGACUAACAGAUCAUAGCAUGGGAAGAAAAACACAAAACUAACCUGAAACUAACACUUGAACCAUCCAGUGGCAAGCUUGUAAAGUUUGGUGAACAGCAUUAAGAACUACUUUCCUUUAUCAUUUACAUCAGCUGCAACUGACAUUGAAGUUGACCUGAUCAGAACUUAUUUUUUCCCAAUUAUCCAAAUUUGAAAUAUCUGAAUUUGGGGAAAAACAACUGACAUCUAAAGCUCUGGUGGAUAAACCCAACAAACGCUUUCAGUUUAAUAGCCAGAGUCAAAUGAAAGCUAAAAUUUGAUAUUAUAUUGGCAAGUCUUGUGGUUUUAUUUAGGUUUGUUUCUGACAAGAAUGUGACAAGUAGAGUAUGUUUCAGGGUAAUUUUUUUUUUUAAUUAAGUGGAAUAAAAGGAACAGAUUUAAAGUA